ACGGUGCUGACUGCAGAACUGGACCUGGGCCCUAACCUGAGGAGACAGAGUGACAUAGCUAGUAGAGAGAGGUAGAAACAGAUUUCAAUAGAGGGAGAGAGUGCAGGAGAGAGAGAGAGAGAGAGAGAGAGAGAGAGAGAGAGAGAGAGAGAGCGAGAGAGACAAGAAAGAGAGAGAAAGAGACCGUGCUUACUUUUUGGUUGCCGAGAGAGCCGCGUGACAGUUUGCAGAUGCCGACAGAUGUGCCCGAAGACAGGCUCCAUGACGAGGAGGCGGCCAAGUGUGACAGAAUGACUCUGCCCAGCACCUGGUCCCCGACCGUUCGUAGAGGAAGCACUCCUCUGCCUAUAAAGCACCAGCUCAGACGAGAAGAAGCUGUCCACGAUGACUGCGAUUGGACGUCAGGUGCAGCUGGACCUUCUGCUUCACCAAUCAGCUUCAGCCCAGCCUUGGAGGACACUGUGACUGUGGCUGUGGAGGGCAGACCUGAUGGGCCUUACAGGAUCGCCCUGCUGGGGCAGAACGGCGUGGGGAAGUCUUCUCUGGCCAUCGCCCUCGCUGGGGACAUGGACAGGACUGCGUCUGUGGAUUCUGAAGGGGAGGGUUACGUGCGCAUAGUCACCGUGGAUGACGAGGAGAGCACCAUCAUUAUCUAUGACAACUGGAGACAGGACCUGUCGGCUCUGCAGUGCGAGGUGUGUGUGCUGGUGUUCUCAGUCACUGACAGGCGGAGUUUCCACCGCACUGCUCAACUCCGACUUCUCCUGAGAGAGACUCAGCCCCAAACUCCCAUCAUCCUCGUCGGCAACAAGAGUGACCUUGUUCGCACGCGUGAGGUCACCUCUCAAGAGGCCAUGUCCAGCGCCGCUCUCUUCAACUGUCUGUAUCUGGAGAUCUCUGCCUCUCUGGACCACCGUACUCAGGAGCUGCUGGAGUGUGCGGUGCGGCUAACCAGGGGCCAGUCGCCCUGGCCCCCGGGGACCAGUGCGGAGGACAUGAGCGGCAACCAACGGGAGAGCAUCACCUCCCGUGCCAAACGUUUCCUGUCCGGCCUCGUGCCCCGGUACCCGCGAGAGCGAGAAGUGAGCAAGUUCAUGAGGCAGAAGUCCCGCUCGUGUCACGACCUGGGAGCGCUGUGACCGGUUUGCCGUGGGGAGCUGGAUGCUUAGAUGGUUAACAGAGGUAGCUGGAAGGUGAUGUAGUAUACCAACGAAGAGAGGGAGCAAGCAGUGGACAAGGGAUUAACGGAGGAGGUGUGAAGGUGCCAGAGUGACGGCGGGACAACGUUAUGAGGGAUCAUCGUGUGCAUCCAGCAGAGGGAAACAGGGAGAAUGACAACAAUUUUAAUGAUGAUGUUAGUUUAUCCAUAGGAUGAUAUAGAAAUUUGGUUCACAAGACCAAACCGAAAAGAGAAGAAGAUAAAAAAUACUGUUGUAGAACACAUGUAAAUAAACUGUAGUAGUGAUGUUUAACUGCCACACAGGUUUGAGAGCUAAAUAAAUAGCUUUUUUGAGU